AUGGCCAGGAAGCGGGUCGCUGUGGUUGGAGCUGGGAUCAGUGGGCUGGGGGCCAUUAAGUGCUGCUUAGAGGAAGACUUGGAACCCACAUGCUUUGAAAGAAAUGACGACAUUGGAGGUCUCUGGAAGUUUCAGAAAAAUAUUUCAGAGAAAAUGCCCAGUAUCUAUAAGUCUGUGACCCUAAACACCUCCAAAGAGAUGAUGUCCUUCAGUGACUUCCCCUUCCCCGACCAUUUCCCCAACUAUAUGCACAACUCCAAACUCAUGGACUACUUCAGGAUGUACGUCAGACACUUUGACCUCCUGAAGUACAUUCGUUUCCAGACCAACGUACAAAGUGUGAGGAAACGUCCAGAUUUUUCUUUCAGUGGACAGUGGGAUGUUGUUGUGGAGUCAGAUGACAAGCAGGAGACUCUGGUAUUUGAUGGGAUCUUGGUCUGCAGUGGACAUCAUACAGACCCCUACUUACCACUUCAAUCCUUCCCGGGCAUUGAGAAGUUUGAAGGCUGCUACUUCCACAGUCGGGAGUAUAAAAGUCCUGAGAACUUUGUAGGAAAGACGAUCAUCGUGGUUGGCAUUGGGAACUCCGCAGUGGACAUUGCAGUGGAGCUGAGUCAUGUAGCAAAGCAGGUAUUUCUCAGUACUAGACGAGGAGCAUGGAUUUUACACCGUGUGUGGGAUCAUGGGUAUCCCAGUGAUAUUUCACUCUUCACUCGGUUCAAUAAUUUCCUCCAGAAAAUAGUAACAACAGAAAUGGUCAAUAACUACCUCGAGAAGACAAUGACCUCCAGAUUCAAUCAUGCACACUAUGGCCUACAGCCUCAGCACAGGUAAUAAUCAAGGAGUCUGAAUUUGUGACAUUAUGUGGACGUGUAAAAAGGAAUUUGCCAUAAAAGCAAUUCAACUUCUGGAAAUUAACAUUUAUUUUGGCCACUUAACUUCACACAUUAAUUCAUA